AAGAGACCGAUAAACCCCAGAUUCCUUAUCCCGGUUACUAUUUCUUGGGAUCCGGCGCCCGAUCAGCCGCCGCGCGACUGUCCCGCUCGACAAGGAGCAGGAAGAAGCAGGGUGGCAUAAAACUCGCCUCCUCCGGGCGCAUCGCCUGCCGCCGUCGAGCUUGAAACGGCAUCUUCCCACCACACCUUAUGAUUGGUUUGCUUGAGCCUCUGUUAGAGAAGGACUCAAAAGCUGUUCUGGACAACGAUCCAUUGAUUGUUGUUGAGGUCGGCUUUCAGGAUGGCCGUGGUUCUCACGUCGGAUGACGACAGUUAUUUCUCGCCAAACCUGCGCCGGUCCCAUUCACAGCCCAAACUUGGGAUCAAGCGCUCCGGUUUCCACACCUCGGCAUCGACUUCUCGGCUGAGUGACCUCUUCUCCCAGCCCCCCCCAGAGUCGAUCGUCUCCUCGGCGCCGUCAUCACCGCAACCAACACAAACCGAGUCCGUGUACCUGUCGGACUCGUCAACACCAGCAACGAACUUUUCUCUGGCCUCGGACACCGACGAGCCAUCAGCCACGCCGGACGAGGUUAUUCUUCAGCAAUGCAAUGACGAGGACUACUUUAGCAGCUUGGGGAACCAGGAACCUCCAUCGAGCCCGCGGGAGGCUGGAUGGAACGGCGACUCGGCAGAAGAGCAGGUAGAGUCGGCCGCAACAUCGAGGCCAGGGAGUCCGGAGUUCCAAGAGAGGGCCGAAGAUGAUAUCGCAGUGAGGCCGCUGCCUUCCCAACAUGUUGACUAUUUGUCGCAUAACUGGCGCGAGGAGGAUAUCUGGUCGUCGUGGAAGUUGAUCGUAUCGAGGAGAGGAGACUAUAGCAACGCCGCGCGGUUGGAAAAUGCGUCGUGGAGGACGUGGAUGAAAGCCAAGAACAACCUGACUACGGUCUCGGCCGAAACCCUGAAUUGGCUCAAGGAUUACGACGUAACAUGGCUUUAUGGCCCGUUACAAACGGGCUCGUCGAGCUGGAACAACACGUCCAACGAUUCCACCAGCGCCAGGUUGUCCAAGUCAAACUCCUUCAUCAACAAAAAACCCAUUUUGAAGAAGCGAAGCAUGUCGGAGAUCAUGCUUCAGAGGUCUCUUUCGACUUCUUCACUUGUGAAGCAGGCAGCGGCUGCGGUCCAAGCCCAGCAGAAGGGGGGGCUAAAGAGGAUAGGGAGGCGUCCUGGGCUCGAGCGAGCCAACACCGACUACAUCACCUUCCCGUUCUCGUCGCGCGGAAUGAGUCAUGAUGGCACCAGCUUGUUCCCUUCGGCGAGGUCAUCAGGAGUUGUUUCUCCAAAUAGCGGGAGGAAGCACAUCCACUUCAAUGAGCAGGUAUCACAGUGCAUUGCAGUUGAUAUCAAGGGCGACGACGAUGACGAUGAGGUUGAUACGGAUAACUACCGAUAUGACAGCGACUCGGACGACGAAGCCAUCACGAUAAAGGUCACGCAGGCCAAGAAGAGGCGGUCGGUGCUGAAAAAGUUAAAGGGCAACAACAACAACAAGAGCGGAGAGAGCAAGACGAUCGCCAUGCUUCCUUCAACCACCUUGAAAUACCGAGAGGAUACACCCGAGCCGGCCGAGACUUCGACAAAACGUAGCAGCAACGGCGUGCUCAGGAGCCCAGUGUUGUCCCCGUCGUCAUCCCAAGAAACUCUGCGCCCGGCCAAGAAGUCGGGGAAGAUCUUCUUUGCGGGGGAUGAAGAUGACGAGGAGGACGAUGAGGACGAUGAUGUGGAAAAGAUCAACAUCGGACCCAGCGCAUCUUCGUCUCUGCAAAGCAACCAGGGCGGGUCUGGUCUGCGUCGCUCAGUAUCCACGACAAGCCUCGCAGCCGAAUCGCAUGGCUUGCGCAGGACAACCUCGGGCAUGUUCAUGCCGCCGGAGACGAGUUCACCCAAUUCCCCCGACGACGGCAUGCUCGGUCGAAUAAUUAAUACGGUAAAUACGGCCCGGGAUAUUGCCCACGUCAUCUGGAACGUAGGAUGGAGGAGAUAGUUGGCGAGACCGCGUGUUGUUAACCAUCGUUGUUUCUUCCAGGAGGAGGCUGCUUUCAAUACCAAUCGACUUCGGCGCAAUUCGAGGAGUUUUCAGGAGCUGUACGAUUAGACACGAAAAGAGCAUUGGCGUUUUUGGUAGCCGGGGGGUUUGCGACACUGGCGGACGCCUUUUUUUUAUCACUCAAGUCCGACGACAUCGUCCUGUAUCGCUAUCGCGGCGUUGUUCGAGGUUCAUUGCGCGGUUCUUCACAACGGAAACAUGCAUUGGUCGGGGUGUUUGAGGAGGUCUGUUUUCACCGGUACCGGGUUGUCUUGCUAUCUCUUCUUUUAAUUUUUGGCUGUCCCCUGAUCGCACCGUCGAGAGU